UCGCUGUGUUUUGCAGGUGCUCAGCUCUGGGUGGCAGUCGCCCUUUGGGCUUGCUCCACUUUAGUACAACUUGAAGGUGCACCAGACAAUCGAGGUACCGAGUUCAUCAUUGGAUUCAUGGAGAACCUCGGGUCAGACUACCAGUGUGAGCUGUUUGUGACCACCUCCCGAACCACUGUGGUUAGCGUACAAGUUGAUUCUCCAAAAUGUACCAGUCCGAGAAUCUCGGCCUCUUUUACGGUAACCGCUGGCAAAGUAAAGCAGCUGAUAUUGGACUACCGCAUAAGAAUGAUUGGCUCAUCUAAAGAGAGUAAAGGAAUCUUGGUGAAAGCCUCUGACGAAGUUGUUGUAUAUGGAGUAAAUAAGGAGAAGUACUCCAAUGAUGGCUUUGUCGGUCUUCCUGUUGACGUCAUGUCGGACGAGUACUACGUCAUUACCUGGGCCCCUCCGUACAGACAGUGCGAGAUGUUGGUGAUAGGAGCAGAAGACUCAACAUCAGUUACCGUUACCAUUGGCCAGAGCAUCGGGUCCGGCUCCGUGAAUUAUGGCGGGAGAAACUACUACAGAGGAAAUGUUGUAACGGAAACUCUAAACAAGUACGACACAUGGCAGCUUGUCAGUACCGGCGACCUGACCGGAAGUUACGUCAAAUCUACCAAAAAGGUUGCCGUGUUUUCUGGAAACAAGAAGACAAAAAUUGGAUCCGGUGGUUCCCAGGAUCAUUUGGUUGAACAGUUGACUCCAGUGGACACAUGGGGUAAAAACUUUGCUACGGUCCCAAUCCCGAAGAGAACUGUUGGUGACUAUUUCAAAUUCAUUGCAAGCGAAGACAGCACCACAGUAACGAUAUCGGGGGGAUACUCGUCAACCUUUACCAUUUCCAAAAAAGGCGGGAUGGUACAGAAGCUUAUUCCAUCCACAGCAUACUGUAGGAUUGUAGCAGAUAAAGCCAUCAUGGUGACCCAAUUCGUUCAGUCUCAACAGAGCUCCUCCGAACCUUCCGAUCCCGCCAUGUUGAUCAUUCCUCCCGUAGAGCAGUACGCCGCAGACUACACUUUUGCCACUCCAAAAUAUUCUCUUGGAUCAUAUACAAAUUUCUUCAUGUUUAUCGUUGAGGCAGGCGAAGUUUCUGGUCUAAGAAUAGAUGGAAUUGCCUUUCCUUCUAAUGCUGUUUUACAAACAAUAUCAGGAACCAGCCUCGUUGGGGGGUACAUAUCUGUCUCUGAAGGCACUCACACAGUCCGACACAAUUCUCCUAUAGUAAUCUUUGGAGGGUUUUUAUAUGGCCAUGCCCAUGCUGAGACCUACGGAUUUACCACUGGGAUGAGAAUGGCCAAAGUCAAUACAGUCUGUGUCCCAACACCGACGGUUACAGGAGAUGGUGUAGACAACGAUUGUGACGGAAAAAUCGACGAGGAACUGUGUACCCCGGGAAACCAAAACAAAGAUGAUGACGGAGAUGGAUCGGUAAAUGAAGACUGCGCAACACCCCCACCUGUUGACGGACAGUGGGCAUCCUGGACUUCUUAUAGCGCAUGCUCUGUGACCUGCCAACCACCGUCAGGCACGGUACCAGGAACUAAAACUCGAACCAGAUCCUGUUCAAAUCCGGCUCCGGCUUAUGACGGGAAACAGUGUGUUGGUUCUGGAAGUGAAACCGUCUCAUGUACACCAACUAACGCCUGCAGAGUUGACGGGCAAUGGAGUUCAUGGGGUUCUUACGGCGCAUGCUCUGUAACGUGUGGAAGCGGUUCAAGGACGCGUUCGAGAUCCUGCAAUAACCCUGCUCCAUAUGGCGGCGGAAGUGACUGUGUAGGCAGCGCAUCAUCCUCUACCAACUGCACGCUGUCGCCUUGUCCCAUCGAUGGCGGUUGGACUGUUUGGACGUCGUGGGACUCAUGUACAGUGACAUGCGCGGGAGGUACAAAGACUCGCUCGCGAAGCUGUUCCAAUCCUACUCCCCAGUAUGGUGGCCGUAGUUGUAGUGGGUCUUCCACGUCAAGCCAAGCUUGUUAUACACAAAGCUGUCCAAUUGAUGGCGGUUUUUCAAACUGGGGAUCUUGGGGCACCUGCAGCGUAACCUGUGGCGGAGGAACACAGGUGCGCACGCGCAGUUGUAGCAAUCCCGCUCCACAAUAUGGCGGCACUAAUUGUGCAGGAUCGCCUUCUCAGAAUAAAACUUGCAACACCAAUGUCUGCAUCAUUGAUGGUGCCUGGAGUCAGUGGGGAUCCUGGAGCACGUGCUCGGUCACGUGCGGUGGAGGGAAACAGUCACGUUCCCGAGCAUGUAUUGAUCCCCCGCCAGCCAACGGAGGGAAAGACUGUGUGGGGAUGCACAGUCCGGGAAUGCACAGUGACUACAAGUUAUGUAUCAGCCAGAGGUGCCCAGCGCCGGCCCCUGGAGUGUACAUACAGUUGUGUCCAGAAGGAUGGUUUACUUGUAAAUCAGGGGGAAUAACUUGCAUUCAGAAUGCAUUCAAAUGUGACUGUUCAUUUGACUGUGACGACGGAAGUGACGAAACGAUUGGAUAUGCUAGCUGCUCAACCGCCGUCAUCACUCAAUGUGCUGAAAACAAUUCAGGAAAAUCAUUGACGUCACCCAUUAUGGUCUUCUGUCUGCUAUUUCUGACGUUAUAUCAGCAAACACAUUGACUGUUCACAUGGAAUUAUGUAAAAUGAUCUAAAACGGUUUGUUAUCAAAUUUUUAAAAAAUCUAUUUAUUAUUGUUAGCUUUGCGUUACCUCCGCCAUCAAAUAAAAAAUUUCAACCACCUUUAAAAGGUUUCAAGUGGCAAAAAUUUGUUAUGGAACCUGGUAAUGAAAAUGUAGAUGUUUCUUACAUGCAUAAUUAUAUAACAUGUAUAAUUAUAUAAUGUUACUUAGUACAUGUAUAAUAUCAUGUAAUGUUACUUCAGAAGAUUAUGUGACUUUUAUUGAAUUAAAACAGCUUUAUGCACAACAAAAACUGCAUUAUCAAUUAAUUCUAGCUAUAAUCCUAUAAGAUAAAUCGAGACUUAGUUGGGAUUGUCUGGAUUUUGCAGUGUCAUACAUAUUUCAUAUACUUCUGAAAAUACCUGAAUUAUAAGUUAUUUCGAACCAUUGUGGA